AUGAGAGAACGUUCACUGAGCGUCGGCGAGGACCUUUGUGGUGGGGCUAAGCCUUCUUUCAAACAUGAGCAAAAGUGCCAGGAUCACACUCCGAUGAAACCCUUGAGGCAAAUCAGUGGUGGCAUCCCCAGUCAAUUCUUUCGAUUCUUUUCUGAUCAUGAAACGACUGAUGAUGGAUCAGCAGCUGAUCACACCUCGGUGUUUUCUGGUAUUACUGACACUACUGUAUUCAGCUCUUUCGACGGCUCGUGGCGAUCGGCCAGUUUAGACACCUCCUCGCGUAUUGAAGCUCUUGGACCGCUACGUGAAAAUAUGGAUGAGAGUUGCUCGUUCAAUAACCCCCCACCACGAAAGCUCGUAUCCUCCUCCUCGUACAUGAUGCGCCACACUUUUCGCGAGCCGCCAGCUACUAAAGACAGGCCACCACAACCUGCAGUACGUCAAAAUUCGUCUCCCUAUGACUCUACCUAG